AUGAUGCUGCCUUCCAUGGCCCUCCCCAGCAUGUCCUGGACGCUGCUCUCCUGCCUGAUGGUCCUGUCUCAGGUCCAAGGUGAAGACUUCCAGAAGGAUGUGCCUGCCCCACGGAUCACAUGUCCCAGAGGCUCCAAGGCCUAUGCCUCCCACUGCUAUGCCUUGUUUAUGACCCCCAAAUCCUGGAUGGAUGCUGAUAUGGCCUGCCAGAAGAGGCCCUCGGGACACCUUGUGUCUGUGCUCAGUAGGAGUGAGGCAUCCUUUGUGGCCUCCCUGGUCAAGAACAGUGUGAACACCUACUCAUAUGUCUGGAUGGGGCUCCAUGACCCCACAGAGGGCUAUGAGCCCAAUGCAGAUGGUUGGGAGUGGAGUAGUGCUGAUAUUCUGAAUUACUUUGCCUGGGAGAAAGACCCCUCCACCAUCGCAAACCCUGGCUAUUGUGGGAGCCUGUCAAGAAGCACGGGAUAUCUGAAAUGGAAAGAUUAUAACUGUGCUACGAAGCUACCCUAUAUCUGCAAGUUCAAGGACUAGGGCUGGGGAGACCUCAGGAACCUGAGUUUUACAUGCAGCUCAUCAUGGACAUGGGACCAAGCAUGA